AUGACGGCCUUUGCCCGGCUUCCGUCGAUAGGCCGACAUCAUGCUACGUUCGGCAUCAAACAUAGGCCGCUAGCAGCCAAAUGUACCACCAUAUACCCCCAGAUUUACUCUUUUUCCUCCCAAGAACUUGACAUAAAUUCCCAUCAUGUCGCUCAAUCUCACUCGAGUGGUGAAUUAUCCAGUGGGGCUAAACACGUUGGAUUUCUCAAGACCGGCGAGUGGUCUGGACUUGGGGGCCCCAAGGCUCUUCAACAACACAUGAUACAUCGGGUGGAGAUGCCCCUCAAUCCAUCGUCUUUGGAGACCAUGACCGUCCCCCGGAGCAUCCGAUCACGGGUAGUACAGCGUUUGCCUGCCAAUUCUGCAGAACACGUCCACAACAAUGUCUCUCGCAGAGGUCGAAGAUCAUGGAUGCUUCCACUCGCACGUGCUAUCUUGAAUAGACAAUUAGCCGCACGUUUAGCGGCAUACAAUGCCAAUACCGAUCUGGAACAUCUCAGAGCCCAGAAGGCUUCGCUACCCGCGAACAGCUACCGGAAACAGGUGCUCGACCUAGUCAACGGCAGUCAGUUUUGUAUAGUGACCGGGGCCACCGGCUCCGGCAAAACUACUCAAGUACCACAAAUGAUUCUUGAAGAUGCUAUCGAACAAGGUCGCGGGGCAGACACAUGUAUUCUGUGCCUACAACCACGUCGCAUUGCCGCCACGUGGGUUGCCCAACGUGUUGCCUUGGAGAGAGGCGAACGAUUAGGCGAAUCUGUUGGAUUUCAGGUUCGGUUUCAGGCUUGUCCUGCCAAAUUGGAGGGCGGCACCGUGGAAUUCCACACCGUCGGCGUUUUUUUGAGGAAAUUCGAAGAUGGAGACCGCACCAUCUUGGACCGUUACUCUCACAUCGUGAUCGACGAAGUCCACGAGCGAUCGAUAGACUUAGAUUUGUUGCUAGUCGUUUUGAAGAGGGCCAUUGCUGAGAGACUAGCCAAGGGGAAGAAUGUGCCCAAGAUUGUCCUAAUGAGCGCCUCUGUCGGUGACCCGAAGCAAUUUCAAGAAUACUUUGCCGACAGUCUUCCUGAUAGCAACGGACCGAGACUACCCGCACACAAAACCUGCCCGCUCCUGUCGAUCCCUGGCCGUACAUUCCCAGUCUCAGCGAUUUAUCUCAACGACCUUCUUCCGAUAAUCAGAGACAAAUAUGGCGAACAGCUUGAUCUUUUGCUGGAAAAUAAACCCCACAAAGAUGAGUUUGUCAAAUAUCUGGACACCGAGACAUCUUCCAAAUGGGACAUGAUCAACAUGACCUUGAAAGAACAGCAUGCUGCAUUUGUCCCCAUCGACUUGGUGGCAGCCACCAUUGCUUACAUUGCCUCGUCUGGAAGUCCUGGCGCCAUUCUUGUCUUCCUGCCGGGCCUAAAGGAAAUUGCUGCGGUCAGCUACCUGCUGCGAGAUAAGCUGGGGUUCUUGGGUCUUGACUUCAAUGACACCUCCAAGUUUAGGAUCCAUUCCCUGCACUCGAACGUGCCAAUCGCCGUGCAGAACGAAAUCUUCGAGGAGAUUCCUAUCGGUUGCCGGCGCAUCAUACUUUCCUCCAACAUCGCCGAGACCUCGGUGACAGUACCCGACGUGGUCCACGUGAUUGACGUUGGAAAGACCAGAGGGCACAAUUAUGAUCCGACGACACGCGUUACCACCCAGAUCACGGGCUGGCAGACCAAAUCAAAGGCGAUUCAGCGGGAAGGACGCGCAGGCCGGACACAGGAGGGUCAUUACUACGGCCUCUACUCGUAUUCGCGACGCCUGAGUAUGGAAACCACUGAGAUGCCUACGAUACUUCGGUCAGAUUUGACGAAUACAUGCCUGUCCGUAAAGGCCCUAGAUUUCCGAGGCAAUGCUGCUGAUUUUUUCGACGCCUCAAUCACUCCCCCGUCUCCUGUUGCCGUGGAAGAGGCGAUCAACAAUCUCAAGGCCAUGGAUGCGCUGGCCGACAACGAGACAAUCACCAGCCUCGGCCUCCUCCUCCGUCGGAUCCCCCUCCACCCGUCGCUUGGAAAGAUGAUACUCCUGGGGCUGUUUUUCCGAUGUUUGGGCCCGAUGAUAGUAUUGUGUGCUCUCCCCACAAAUGCCUCACUUUUAGAGGUGCCACUCGACAAGCGCUACGCGGCGGGGCAAGCGCAUAAGAAGUUUCUUGUCUCAGGAAGUGAUCAUCUUGCCCAAAUAAACGCAUUUAAAAGUUUGCGCCAGAUGGAGCGAAUAGGCUACUGCGAGGCCGUCAAAUUUGCUCGCACAAACUAUCUAAAUUUCUCCGUAUAUCAAGAAACCAAGCUGGUUAUGGGGCAGAUUGAGAAGGUGUUAUUCGGCCAGGGACUGAUCCCAGCGAUCCCUAAAGUCGAGCGGCGUUUUUCCAACGCUGGCGGCAUUCAGCUCAACAUCAACUCGGGCAAUGAAAAGUUGUUGAAAGCCCUCCUGGUCAAGGGUCUCUACCCAAACGUGGCCGUCAAGCAGGCCAGCAAUAACAACCGGACGGUGGUCAGAACGCCGACCAGCGGGAGUGAUUUUGUAUUUUUGCAUAGUUCCUCGGUCAAUUCCCCCAACGCCAGCGGCGACACCUUCAGAAAGCAUUCCACGUUCGUCUACAGCCAGAUGAUCUCGCAAAGUCACAUUGAUUAUAUGUUCUUGUCGAGAGUGUCCCACAUAGAUAGCCCGCUGGUGAUGGCGCUGUUUGGUGGGCCCCUCCUUCGGCCCGAGCCGCACGACACAGUAGUGCAGCAGCAGCCGCUGCCGGCCACCAACGGUGAAAAGUUUGCGUUUUCGUACGAGGUCGAGGGAUCGGGCAAUAACAACCCGCAGUUCAGGACGCCGGCUGAGACGCUGGUACAGUUCCGCGAGCACAUGGACGCGGUGCUCAACGACGCCUUCCGGAGGCUGCUUUAUCAGCAGCGUGGGACGCAUUUCGCGGCUCGCACGCCUCGGACUGGUCCACCCUGGGCUGGGACCCCUGAACUUGAAGAUCUGGUGGACAGGCUCGUGCGUUUGUUGAAUCUCGAGUAUGCUCCCUUUCGCUAG